UCACUUGUUGCUCUGCACGAGCUCUCUGAGUUUCUCGGGCUGCGCGCCGGUGAGUGUGUCCUUCUCCUGACCGUUCUUGGUGAGCUUGAAGGUGGGCACGCUGUGAAUGUCGAACUCCUCGGACAGCAGGUUGUUCUCGUCGAUGUCAACAUACAGAAACUGCACGUCCGAAUGCUCCUCGCUCAUCUUCUCAACUACUGCCACCCGGGGCAU